AUGGCUGCCCCAGCUCCUGUAUUUCCUCUCGCCACCACCGCUGCGUCUCUGGCCGUGAAGCCACGCGCUCCGGAGCGCUACUCGGCGCCUAAUGAGGUCACCCUCGGUCCGCUGCAUCCUGAGUUUGCCGCCGCGGACGCGGACGUCGAGCUGCGCUCCUCGGAGGGAACGCGCUUUCGUACAUACGCCCGACGGCUGGCAGUCGGCUCGGGCUUCUUCCGUACAUUGCUCUCCCUCCCGCAGCCUUCAGGCGCUCCUAGUCUCUGCGCAGACUUGGACGACAUCCCCGCACUAGGCGCCGAGGACCCCGCGUCCGACGACGUCCUGUCCGCCCUCCCCACGCUCUUCGACCCACAAGACACCACCGAGGCCUCAUCAUCCACGUCUAAUGCACCAACGUCCUCGCCAAUAACUCUCCCCACACCCUUCACCGAUGCAGCGCUAGUGCCGGUCCUGCACCACCUCUCCGGGCACCCAACGCCCACCAUCGACAACCUCUCUACACUCGAUGUAGCGCUCGCCCUCGCCGACGAGUGGGACGCACCCGGAACCUUAGCUGUCUUCCGACUCACGCUCCACAAGCUAAUCCCCGUCGACCCCAUCCGCGCCUACGGCCUCGCGCGAAGACACAACUGGUCCGCAGAAGCCGCCGCCGCCUCGGAGGCGAGCCUCAUCUACGACCUCUCCGCCGCACCAUCUCCUGCAGGCGCCGCCUCUACUUCCACCGCAGUCGCCUUCGACUCGUGCGGGAAGCCUCCUCCAUCCCCCCUCCACGUGCUCCCCACCGUGCACCUUCUCCCGCUCCUCCGCCUGCACCGCGCACGGCGCGACCGCUGGCGCUCCCUCCUCGACAGCCCGCUCACCUUCGUCGCCGGCAAUGGCGCGCCCUACUUCUGCGGCACUUGCGGGGUCACGCCGCUCGAUAACAUGCCUUGGCGUCUGCUCAAGCACGCGCUCGUCGACGGGCUGGAGCGCUGCCCCCGCGGCGACAUCGUGCGCGCCAUGAUUGUAUGCUCUCCGGAAGCGCAGGCCUGCUGGGACGCACGCUGCUCCAAGGAUGGGUGCGGUAGCCGCAACUACGACCGCGUUGAGACCAUCAAGCGCCUCAAGCGCUGCUUGGAGCUCCUUCCCCACACCAUAGACGACUUGUAG